AUGUCGAAUACGUACCUUUUCGAGUUUUGCGAAGAUACACUGCCUGAAUCGUCCACCAGCAACUACGUCCGCACCGCACCAGAUUUUGCGAUCGACGUGGAGAUGGUGGGGAUGAUAUCACGAGGUAGACACUCGCAUAGAACGGUGCUCGUAAUCGGUUGGUGCUGCCUAUUAACGCUGACCGUCGCACAAACCACACAUCCGGAUGCAACGUCAGCAUCUUCCACCGCCGACGCGACGGUCGACUUGCCGGGACAACCGGAGUACGUAUCCGACACGCCGGAAGACGGUAGCAGCUUCAUCGACCAGUACGAACAGGGCGUACAGGCGUACCUUUCGAACGAAUGGGAAGACUGUGUGUACUUUCUCGAGCGGGCCUUGGAGGGAUACCGCACGUAUCACGAGUCGGUCGCAAACUGUAGAAUGGAAUGUGAUUACGCGGCACGGGACGUGAAGCGGCGGGGCGACUUCCUGCACGCUAGCAACAUUGACAAUCUGCAACACUACGAGCUGAUACUGCACCGCACGCUCUGCCUGUCCAAGUGUGCCCGAAAGUAUGCGAUCUACCGGUAUCUGCCGUUCAGCGAAGACUUCGAUGGCCACUAUAUGGACAUAUUCCAGGAGCUGAAGGUUUACCCCUAUCUGUACGCGUGUUACGUAAAGUCGAACCGUGUUACGUUAGCGGCAUCGGCCGCCUACACGUACAUAGUGAAGCAUCCGGACGAUACGGUGAUGAAGAAAAACUUUGAAGAAGCGAUCGAAAUGCCCGGUGUGGAUCGGGACGAGAUUCACGAUCUGGAGGAAAAGAAAUUCGUCGCGCUGCUUAUCGGCGGUAUUGUAGACGAGCAGGAAAGCAACUGGGAACGGGCGAUCGAGCGACUCGAGGGUUCGAUCAAGCAGUACAUCUACGACGAAAACGAAUGUCGCGCAUUCUGCGAGGGUGAAUUUGAUCACGGUUUCCUUCCCGACUUUAUCACCGCCAUCGGAAAUCACUUUACAAAUGCGCUGUAUUGCAAACGCAACUGUACCUCAAACAUGGGCAUGGUGCGGGGGAAAUACUACGAUAGGCUAUUCCCCCGGCACUAUCAACACCUGCAAAAGGCGUACUAUCAUGUGAAACAGUACGAGGAGUCGUAUCGGGCCGGCAUGAGUUACUUGCUGUUUCACGUGGAUGAUCUCCAGAUGCCGGAAGCACUGAAAACGAUCGAAACCGAGGCGAAGGCUAGUGUGACGGCCAGCUUCUUUAAGCCGCGAAGGGAAGCGAUCGAGUACAAUGAUCGGAUGCAGUAUGAGGAAAAGUUGGUGAAGUUCAUCAAACAAGAGUUUGAUCUGCUGGACGGUGGUGGAUCGGACACAGAGCACGAGUAUGAUGAAGAGGAUGAGUCGUUCAUCACCGAGGGUGACGAAGCGGAGAAUAGCGAGGAACCUGAAGAGGAUGUUCAACCACAAGAAGAUGUCAGUAAUGAGCUGUAUCCAAAAGAAACGAUCGGCUAUAACGAUCACGACGAGUUGUAA